ACAUCAGCCCACAAAGAGUAAAGAUAUGUUUUGGUUAAAACGGGGAAGAUACAGACACGGAAAAAACAGUCGAGUUAUGUAACUCUGUCCAAGAUGAUGUUACUGUUUUUCAGUCUUUUCCUUUGGAACAUUCCUUCAUUUGCAUCUCCUGAAUCAUCUGUGCCACAGAUUAACUGCCUUAUCAUAAAUCUGGAAUAUGUUAAUUGCACAUGGGAUGACAAUGGGACCCAAAAGUACAAUUACAGUUUCAAGAGCAUGUUUUCAUAUCAUCAAACUCUGGAGUGUUCUAAAUAUCACAAGAUUAACAACAUUAACGUGGGCUGCAUGAUUCCCUACAAAGAAACACAACGGUUCAAUACGUUAAGCACAUGGCUGUAUCAUGACAACGGUAGAUUGAUGACAGAGCAGAAACAUGAACUGAAAUAUAGUGUGAAGCUUUACCCUCCGUAUAACCUGUCUGUGGUGGAGAAAAAAGAUGCUGAACUGUGGCUGUACUGGAAUGUUACGGGACACAACAGCAUUUGCAUCGAGAGCCAAGUUCGCCACAAGACAGACAACAAGGAUUGGCAGAACAAAAAGCCAAGCAUCAAGAAAUCCUACAGUUUACCUUUUCCUUCAAAAAAACAAUACGAGUUCCAGAUCAGGGCUCGGAUAUCGUCAUCCUGCGGAGAGUCCAAGUUUUGGAGUGAUUGGAGUAAGCCUGUGUACUGGGGAACUUUAAAGCCUAAUAAUGACACAGAAAGUCCAGUUACCAUGUCUGUGAUGGCAUUGGUGCUGUAUACAGUGGGAGCCACAGUAAUGCUUGUCAUACUUUCCUGCUUGCUGGUCCACAGCGAGAGGUUAAGGAUAAUCCUAAUACCAGUAGUGCCAAAUGCAGGCCGAAAUGUAAGCAAAUACCUUACGGAUCUUUUUGACAACUAUGAUGGCAAUGUAGAGAAAUGGCUUUCCAUCUCCAAAGAUCUGGAGAAAGGCUUCAAACCCAAUUUUACAGAACGUGCCUGCCCUGUGCGUGAGUACAGAAUAGUGUCUCAGUCAAGCAGUGACCUCUCAAUCCCAACAGACAUGUCAUCAGAUUACCAAUGCAUGCAGAGCUACUCAUCGGCCUCCACCAUACCUGGACCUGCUGAAAACCCACAAACCCAGGCUCAAUCUCAAGUGGAUAAUCCAGUCUAGACAACGUUCUGUUUAUCUGAGGGAUUUACUAUACAGCAGUAACUGUUGAUCUGAAAGUGUAGGUAAGCUUAGGCAGUUAAAAUUUAGAAAUAAGUUUUGGCUCAUGCAGCUCUUCAUAGGUUAGUGAAAAGAAACGUAUUUCUUUUUACAGACUUAUUAAUGAAAUCCAGUCAAGUCCAGUAUUGGUAAUGUCCAUUAUUAUUUGUUUCUGCUGGGGGGAUUUUAUUCCCGACAAGUGAAUUGAUUAUUAUUCCAAAUCUACAUUUAAAAACCUUCGUGCAACACAUUAUCUAAAAUCAACUUACAAAAUUGCACAGUCAAGGCACUUUUCAAGCAAAGGAGCUAUUUAAUGUAUGUCUUAUUUGUUAUAAUUUUCUGCUAUUUGACUAUUAUAGUCAUUUUUCAUUGGUACGAUGAUGAAUAAGUUUUAAGCAAUGAUGAAAUCAUUUUUACUGUUGUACAAUGAUGUGCUUUAAGGUCACUCACCGAUUCUUGGCUCAUUCGAGUUGUAAUUUGAAAACUGCUCCAGACAAUUCCCAGGCCAAAAUUUAAUAUGUAUUUAUUUUAUUUUUUUUUACAAAUGAAUGCUAUUUGUGACUCAUGCUGCUGCAAAUGAGGAAAGAGGUCAGUGUUAUGCCAUUUUUGUACUUUCUUUGUUAUGACAGUCUGUAUAAGGCAAAAAUAUGAUUGUAAUUUUUAAGGUGAUGUAGCAUAUGUUUAAAAGUUUAAAAGCUCUGGAGUGGAAAUCAAAAGAGUUUGUAGGUUUGAACUUGUGGCAGUCUAUGAACUGUCACCAUUUUGUCCUUGAACAAUGCACUUCACCUCUGGUUGCUCCAGGUGGACUGUACCUGUAUGACAUAUAAUAUACACAGCUUUGGACAAGGGCAUAGAUUUGGCUUGAACAUUAGGGGGUUGCAGCAUGAAGCAUUUUAGGGGGAGGGGGGGGGGGGCUGUACUUGCUUGUUUUGAUUAUUGGGGAGGUUACCUACCCACCCCCCACCCCCCUGGAAUCUACCCCACUGGCUUUGGAUAAAACCUCUGUUACAUUACAUGCAUAUAUGGCUAGUUUCACACAGUCAGUUUAACUGUAUGUCCUAAUGAUGUGAAUUGUACUUUUAGAUUAUUCUGAUGUGAACCAUUUCUUCUAUGACUAAAUCUUAUUCCUGACUCUUGUCCUUUUCCUCUACAUUCCACUCUACAUAUUUGAAAAUGGAUUGUAUUACAUAUAUAAAACAUUUUUUUUACA